AAUUGUUUUAUUAGUUAUGUCUUCUCCAUAUGUGUUCAAUGCAAAAGUACGGACAUCUUGUUCUCUUGUCCAACACUAUAGUGUCUAACUUGGGUGACUAUGUGAAUUGAGAAGAGUCCUGAGGUGAUUAUCUUUUCUUGAACUUAAUUUUGGGAUAUUGUUAACUAGACUAUCCUUGAGUUUAUUGAAAAAUCUAGGAUUUUUGGAUUGUUGAUAUUUCCCAAAGAUUUUAGGUUAGGACAGUCUAGAACAGUAACAGCUCAGCUCACCUCACUUAUCUUCUGGAAACAUAAUCCGUUAUGCCCUAAAACCUAAAGCCCUUUCAAACAUUGGAUACAUUUUGUUUGUACCCCUUGAUUUGUGGCUAUAGUUCUUUUCUCUAAAGGUAGUUCAGCUAUUUUUAUGGCAUGAUGUGUCCCAAGACUUUUUUGAUAUCCAGCAUCUGUAAUUGUUUAGCAGGUCAAUAACUUUAAAAAUUGAUUGUUUUAUGCUUUUUAAUGGGUUAAAUUCCAGUGUUUGAAACUGUUUUGGGGGUUUGAUAUUAUACAAUUUUCUGAUCAGUGUAUGAACAUUGCAUAUGAAGAUUGCAUUUACUUUGUUAGUUUUGGUGAACAACAUCUCUCAUACAGUUCUUGAAGCUAUGCAGUCGCUUUAUACGAAGGUGCAAGCAAGGAUGCUUGCAGUUUGUGAUCCUCAAGCCUAUGCUAGUAGCAGUUACAUUUAUACUUUAUGCAAAAGGGAAAUAUGAAGAUGGAAAUUUUAGUCCAAUGCAAUCAUACCUCUAUCUCACCAUUAUAUAUACAAUCUCAUACUCAGUGGCACUUUAUGCCUUGGCCUUGUUUUAUGUGGCCUGUAGAGAUUUGCUUCAGCCUUUCAAUCCAGUUCCAAAGUUCAUUAUUAUCAAAUCAGUUGUAUUUCUUACUUACUGGCAGGGGGUUUUGGUUUUUCUUGCUGCAAAGUCUAAACUGAUAAAAGAUACAGAGGAAGCUGCGAACUUUCAAAGUUUUAUAAUUUGUGUCGAGAUGCUUAUCGCAGCAGUUGGUCAUCUUUAUGCAUUCCCAUACAAGGAAUACGCUGGUGCAAAUAUUGGUUCUUCUCGUGGCUUUACAGCAAGCCUUGCACAUGCUCUGAAGUUAAAUGACUUUUACCAUGAUACUGUCCACCAGUUUGCACCAACCUAUCAUGAUUAUGUUCUCUACAACCAUACUGACGGUGAUGAGGGAACAAGGAAAUAUAGGGCACGAACCUUUGUCCCAACUGGCCCGGAAAUGGAUGCAGUUAGACGGAACAAACAUAUGUUUGGUAACAAAUCGGAAGAUAUCCAGUUGUCCAGUUUGUCAUCUCCAGCCAGUGAUACUCCUCAGAAUACAGGCAUGGGGCACAAUUUCGUGAAAUCAGAGGCCAUUAACACGGCAUUACUCAUGGAUGUGUCGAGUACACAUUCCGUGCCUUAUGACCUUUCUCUCAUUGACUUAGACAUUUCUAAUCAGUCAGCGAAAGUGCCUGCUGCAAAAGAAGGUGGGAGAAGGUGACAAAAAGGGGCGGUAGAGAAUCAAAAAUCUCGUGUUACCUUUAAACAUUAGGUUCCUGAUAGUGGCUUCAUGAUUUUGACUUGGUAAGAGGAAGACAGAUUUUUGAAUUUUCUUUGCUUUUUUUUCUUUUUUUUUCUUUUUUCUGAUUUUUUGAUUUCUUUUUUUGUUUAUUUAUUUAUUUUUUAUUAUUAUUUUUUGUUACAAGAGUCGUGGGAAACUACAAUUAUGCAUAUAGGCAAACAUUUUUCUCCUAGCUGUGGGUUUCGUCUUGUACAUAGGAAGUAAAAACUACUCCGUCCCAUAAACAUGGUCCUAUUUUUUUUUCA